AGGCGCAUCGGCCCCGCCUUCUUCCACAGGUUCGCGCUCCGCCCGCGUCAUUUCCGCCAGCGGAGGGAGGAGGAGGAGGACAGAGGAGCGGAAAAUGGCGGACGGUGUUGAUCACAUCGACAUUUACGCAGAUGUAGAAGAGGAGUUUAAUCAGGAAUCCGAUUAUCAAGUUCAUGAGCAGAUCGACCUGUACGAUGAUGUCAUCUCUCCCUCGGCCAAUAACGGUGAUGCGCCGGAGGACAGAGAUUACCUGGAUAACCUGCCUGCACCCGGAGGCUCUGAUGGGAAUAAAGGAGCUCCGCCCAACGUCGUUUACACCUACACGGGCAAACGCAUCGCUCUGUACAUCGGCAACCUCACCUGGUGGACCACAGAUGAGGAUCUGACAGAAGCCAUUCGCUCCGUUGGCAUCAACGACGUUCUUGAGAUCAAGUUCUUUGAGAACCGAGCUAACGGACAGUCGAAAGGGUUUGCAUUGGUGUGUGUUGGAUCAGAAGCCUCCUCCAGGAAGUUGAUGGAUUUGCUGUCUAAGCGAGAGCUGCACGGCCAAAACCCGAUCGUCACACCCUGCAACAAACAGUCCCUCAGUCAGUUUGAGCUGCAGUCACGUAAGAGCACCCAGUCGGGGCAGAUGUCAGGGGAAGGGAAGGCAGGUCCUCCAGGUGUAGGUCCCCGUGGUGGUUUUCCCCUUGGUAGGGGUCGAGGACGCUUUCCAGGUCCCGCAGGACCAGGAGGAGAUCGCUUUCCCGGGCCAGUCGGACCAGGAGCGCCCCCUCCACACUUCCCUGGUGGUAUACAGGGUCCUCCUCGCCCUCCACCAGGCCCCCCUGGUCCUCCGGGUCCUCCUGGCCCACCACCUCCUGGUCAAGGUUUAGCCCCACCCCUUUCAGGUCCCCCUAAUCGAGGGGACCGCCCACCUCCCCCUGUCCUAUUUCCUGGUCAGUUUGGCCAACCUCCACUUGGCCCGUUACCCCCUGGUCCACCACCUCCUGGUUAUGGUCCACCCCCUGGUCCACCCCCACCUCAACAAGGUCCACCCCCUCCUGGGCCAUUCCCACCUCGUCCUCCUGGUCCUAUUGGCCCUCCCCUGGCCUUAGCUCCACCCCCUCACAUGCGUGGUCCACCUCCGGGAGGCCCCCCGCCUGCCCCCCACGUCAACCCCGCCUUUUUCCCGCCACCCGGGAACAACAAUAUGGCUGCGCCGGAUCGAGCCCCGCCCCCAAACGACCCUUACGGACGGCCUCCUCCUUAUGACCGGGAUUAUGGACCGGGCAGGGAGAUGGACGCAGCUCGGGCUCCUCUGAGCGAGGCUGAAUUUGAGGAGAUAAUGAACAGGAACAGAGCUAUCUCCAGCAGCGCGAUAUCCAGGGCUGUGUCAGACGCAAGCGCGGGAGAUUACGGCAGUGCUAUUGAGACACUGGUGACUGCGAUUUCGUUAAUAAAGCAGUCGAAGGUUUCAGCUGAUGAUCGUUGUAAAGUCUUAAUCAGCUCUCUACAGGACUGCCUACACGGCAUCGAGUCCAAAUCUUACGGCUCCGCCUCCAGCAGAAGAGAGCGAUCGCGGGACCGGGACCACAGUCGCUCCCGCGAGAAAAGUCGACGCCACAAAUCGCGCAGCCGCGACCGGCACGAAGAUUACUACCGAGAAAGGAGCCGCGAGCGAGACCGCCACCGCGAGAGGGACCGGGACCGCGAGAGAGACCGCGACCGAGAGAGGGAAUACCGCCAUCGUUAGGACAGAGCUGAAUGGCAGAAGAAGAGGAGAAGGAGGAGGAAGCAUCCCGAGCACUUCAUACUCGUCCAUCAGCACUCUUCAUUCCUACAUCGCCAUGACGACUGGACUCGACCACACAUGGCUCCAGUACAGAUCUGUUUGAAACGUAUAUAUACUUACUCACUCUUAAUUCCCAGCAGCUUAUUUUUUUUAUUUUUGGCGUUUUAUUUGAUCUGCAUAAUUGGAAGAAGAAAAGUAAGUUUUUUUCAGCGUUAAACAGUUUGCUUGCUCGGGCCUCCACCAAAAACAUUGUUUUGACGCCUGUAAUGUGUAAAUUGUUAGAUGAUGUUUUUAUAGGGAACUUUUUUUUUUUUUUCUUCCCACCCCCCACCUCUCCCAAAGCGUGUGUCUGCAUCAGUGUCUGUGAAUGUGUCUACAUUGAUUUAUUAACUAGACUGUGUUGUAAUAAAGUGUUUUCUGGGGUUGCCACUUGUUUAUACUCUGGAUUUUUUUGAUGCGUUCAUGUUGUACAUGUUUGCUCACUGCACUAUACGCAACAAUGGACGAGACGAGCUCUGAUUAGGCAUGUGCUGAUGCAUCAUGGGCUUUUCUGUUUUAUUUAGAAAAAUGUCACUCAAACAUUUCUUACCUGUAAAUCUGGAUGUAAUGUCCUGGAACUCCUAAAACAUCUCAGAAUAUCAUUAGUAGAUAAAGAACAGAUUAUCAGCACAUGCCUACAUUUAAUCCUUUUGCAGAAAAUAAAUAUUUUUUAGGAAUUUUAACUCCUACUUACACGAAGUGUCCGUUUUUUGUGUGUAAAAUUGUAUAUUUUUGUAUUUUUCAUGUGGUUCAUUUUUAUUAUUGGACUUUUUGAACUCAUGCGCUAGCGUCCAAAUGUUACACCAAAAUUACAUUUAAAGUAAAUAAAGUGUGUAUAUACUUUA